CGCACGGUUUCCGGCGGGCCGUGCUGAUGGCGUCCGGGCUGGAGAGGGAGCGGAGCCGGGAGCAGCGGGAGCAGGAACAGCGGGAGGCGCUGCUGGCCCAGGUCAAAAUUAAUUAUGAAAAGGAGAAGUGCAAGCUGCUAAAACAUCCACAAGGUGAAGAUAUGUGGAUGCUUGCUGAUGUGAGUGAACGUGUGGAACAACUGGAAAAGGAACAUUCUGUGCAGAAAAAAAAGAAAAAGGAUAAGCAUUCAAAAAAAGCCAAGAAAGAAAAGAAGAAAAGUAAGAAACAAAAAUCUGAAAAGAAGGAUGACUUAUCUGAUAGUUCUUCGGAUUCUUCAGUUGAAUGGGUUGAGUCAAAUGUGUCACAGUCAGAUGACACAGAAAAGGCUGGGAAGGUCAACAAGCAACCAGAUGCUGUGAAAGAACCCUCGCUGCAGAGAGAAGAAUGGAUGAAUUUAGACUUCAUGUCAUUGAAAACAACGUCAGUAGCAGCUGUCAAAGGUGAAAGACACAAAGAAAAAGUAUUGGAACGACAGAAAGCUCAAGAACUUGAGCAGGCCAUGCUGUCUGAGAGAGAACUUAAUCCCUAUUGGAAAGACGGUGGUACAGGUUUGCCACCAGAGAAGUAUGAAGAAGCUUCAGUCAAGAAAGUUACAGUGGUAGAAGAUGCUGGAUUAAGUUGGCUGCGAAAAUCAUACCAAAGGAUGAAAGAGCAGGCUGAGAGAGAGAAACGAAAUUUUGAGGAAAUUGUAGCUGAGAGAUAUGGGUCCGUGGAGAUAUUUCAGUCACGAUUAGAAGAAGCUGAAAGAGCUGCAUCCAGAAAGGAAAAUUAUCAAAGAAGUGGAAGGUGGAGGAAAACUGACUAUUCAGAAAGUGAGAGAGAGAAGAAAGAACAGCAUAUUGAAAAGGCAACACGAGAUGAAGAUGAUAGAAACAGGAACACGUUUGGGGGCCAUACUAGGGAGAAGGAUGGCAAGGGAUGGGCACAAGAGGACAAAGAUUACAAAAGAGGUAUGUCAAGAAGAGACCAAGAAUGUGGACACAGGAGCGUGGACUCCCUAUUAAGGGGCUACAGCUCCAAAGGAGAAAAAUACUCCAGUGAAAAACGAAAUCAGGAAAAGGGUUCAUCUUUAAGCAAUAUGAAACACAAAUUUUUGAAACCCUCUGAAGAUGAUUCAUCGUCUUACAGUGCACCUAGACACUACAAGUCAGAGCAGUCCUCUUCCAAACUGCCUGUUCAUAGCUCUUUGAGCAGUCGUUUCCAGAAACCUGAAGAGGAUAGUGCUGUGUGGACCAAAACACACCGUGAAGAUAGCAAUGAGAAAUUACUAUCUGAUCAAAAAUCAUCAGGUACUAGGGAACAAACUGAUGGCAAUAGUUGGGAAAGAACUCCAAGUGAUGAAAAAGAGAAGUUGCGACAGGAGUACCCAGGCGAUAUCUCUGAGAAGAAACAGAUGUUAUCUGACAGUAAAACAUCAUGCUCUAGAUCAUCAAAGGAUGAGCCGCCUCGGGUCCUUAGUGAAGAGGAGAUGAACAGACUGGGAGCGAAGAUCGUGAAAGCAGAACUCAUGGGAGACAUGGAAUUGGCUUCAAAACUUCAGGCAGAACUUGACAAUGCUCGCAAGUUGAGAGAGACUCAAAAACAGAUUCCAGCAAAGGCUGGCAAAGAGGCUUCAAGCCGUCAAGAAGAUGAACAAGUGGUCCUUGUCAGAACAGAUGAGAGUGGAAUGGCAUGGCCUGUAACUGGACCAGCUGAACCACAAGAGGCAAAAGGAGGACGGAGAAAGCGACAGAUGGUCCCUACUCAUGUAGAUAAAGAGAGAGUACGGUAUUUUCAGGAUGAUGAUAAUACGGACCUGAAGGAUUUGGUCAAAAACGAGAAGAUGAGGACAGCAGAGGAUCAAAACUCACUGUUCAUGCGUAUGGCAUCAAAGCUCAUGGAAAAAACUGACAGAGACUACUACACUCUGGAUGACAUGUUUGUUUCCAAAGCAGCCAAAAGAGCACGUAGUGGGGAAGAGGAAGAAAUCCAAAGAAGAAAAGCAAUACAGGAGCACCAGCAGCUUGCUGCACGCAUGGAAAAGUGCCCAUAUUGUUUUGAUAGCAGUGCACUUUCUAAACAUCUUAUUAUUGCAAUUGGCACCAAGGUGUACUUGUCUCUACCAAGCAACCAGUCCCUUACUGAAGGUCACUGCCUGAUAGCCCCUCUACAGCACCAUACUGCAGCCACUCUUUUGGAUGAAGACAUCUGGGAAGAAAUCCAGAUGUUCCGAAAUGCAUUGGUGAAAAUGUUUGAAGCUAAAGACUUGGACUGUGUGUUCCUAGAAACAAACAUGAGUAUGAAGAAACGGUAUCAUAUGGUAUAUGAAUGCAUUCCUCUUCCAAAAGAAGUAGGAGAUAUGGCUCCAAUCUACUUUAAGAAAGCUAUAAUGGAGUCUGAUGAAGAGUGGUCUAUGAACAAGAAGUUAAUUGAUCUUUCUUCAAAAGACAUUCGGAAAUCUGUUCCUAAAGGAUUACCAUAUUUUUCUGUGGACUUUGGCCUUCAAGGAGGAUUUGCUCAUGUGAUUGAAGAUCAACACAAUUUCCCUCAUUACUUUGGGAAGGAAAUUAUUGGUGGCAUGCUGGACUUGGAACCGCGGCUCUGGAGAAAAGGAAUCAGACAGAACUUUGAAGAACAGAGGAAGAAGGUGUUGCAGUUCGCACAGUGGUGGAAACCAUAUGACUUUACCAAAAAGAAAGAAUGAGAACAACCCUGCAGUCAAGAACUAUAUAAGCCAUAAAUUACCUUAAUGGAUACUUCGUAUGUUAAGAAUAACAUCAAUGUGUUGUGUAUUGCUAAUAUAUUUUAAAACAUAGGAUAAUGUUUAAUUGCUGAUUAUCUGUUUCUGGUUUGGACACUGUGGAUCACAUGAACCUGCAAGCCUGACAAACCAGAAUUGUACAGUGGAUUUAGUUUUUCCUUUUUCAGCUGAGACACAAGAAUAAUAUCCUUGUGGCCAUUGGAGUUCUUAAAAAUGUAACUUUUACUUUUGGAGUUUUUACAAUCUUUGAGACAACUGAUAUUUUUUUAUAUUGUAUUUAGCCAGUGCUGAAUUAUCAUGGUGACCUUCUGUAGAAAAUGGUGUACAUUUUAAGAACAUUUUGAUUAAAACAAAUACAUUGUUGUGGAAGAAAACUGUACACAAAAUGAUUUUCUGAUUCUGAGUCCUUGUGGUCUUUAAGUUGCAGUCAUUGCAGUAUCAUAAACAUUCACAAAGGAUGUGAUUGAUAAA